AUGUUUGCCGCAUUGCCCCGACCGCGGUACACUGGUGAUGAGGAGGAGCAGAAACAGUCGCAAUUGCAAGUCGCCAAGCGCAGCGGCAUCCCUCCAUACGGCCAGCGCAACAACUGGCGUCCUCGCGGCAACGAGGACUUUGGAGAUGGAGGCGCUUACCCUGAAGUCGCGGUCGCUCAAUACCCUCUGGACAUGGGCAGGAAACACGCAUCCUCGUCGAAUGCCCUGACCUUGAGCGUCAAUGCUGAAGGUCAGGUUGACUACACCGCUAUCGCCAAGCGCGGCCACGCAGAGAACAGAAUCGUGCAUGCUUCCUUCAAGGACCUGAUUCCGCUCAGACACCAAGCGAAUGCCGGCGAGAUCUCUCUUGCGCGUCCCGACGAGGAAACUGUUGCAGAGACUAAGAGGAAGACAGAAUUGGCUCUUGCAACUCUGGUCGCUGGAGCGAGUGCUGCCCAGCGUCCCAAGAACGUCAAGGGUGUCGAAAAGAGAGAAGCCUCAUACGUCCGUUACACACCCGCCAACCAGAUGGGCAACGACAACUCCAAAAAGGGUGACCGCAUCAUGAAAAUCAUGUCCCGCCAGAUCGAUCCCAUGGAACCUCCAAAGUUCAAGGCGAAGAAAAUUCCCGGAAGACCCCCAUCACCUCCUCCUCCGGUCAUGCACUCUCCACCCCGCAAACUCACCGCCGAGGACCAGGAAGCCUGGCGCAUUCCUCCCACCGUUUCAAAUUGGAAGAACCCCAAGGGUUACACGGUGCCCCUGGACAAGAGAUUGGCCGCAGAUGGACGAGGCCUACAAGACGUCACCAUCAACGACAAAUUCGCUUCCUUCGCUGAAGCCCUACAGACCGCCGACCGUCAUGCCCGCGAGGAAGUGAAAUCCAGAGCAUUGAUGCAACAACGCCUCGCCGAAAAGGAAAAAGAACAGAAGGAGGAAAAUCUACGCUUGCUCGCCCAAAAAGCCCGCGAGGAGAAAUCCGCUGCUGCAAGGAAACCCUCUGCUCGCGACGACUCGCGCAGCAGAAGCCGAAGCCGAAGCAUCGACAGCUACGAUUCCCGCUCCUCCCGCUCUCCCUCCGAAGAUGAAACCGAACACGACCGUUUGGCUCGCGAAAAGCAACGUCAAGAGCGCCGCCGCGACGCCCAACGCGAAAUGCGUCAGAAAAACAUGGGCCACGAACGUCGCAUGCAAGCACUCGCUCGCUCCCAGAACCGCGACAUUAGUGAAAAAGUGGCUCUGGGGUUGGCAAAACCAACACAAUCCAAGGAAACAAUGUACGAUUCGCGCUUGUUCAACCAGAGCUCUGGGUUUGCAGCUGGAUUCAACGAAGAUCAAGCUUACGACAAACCUCUUUUUGCGGAUCGAGAGGCAUUAAAUUCCAUCUAUCGUCCUCAACUUGAUGCAGAUGAUGGCGAUGAUGGCGGCGAGACUUUGGAUGCCAUUCAGAAGACGUCGAGAUUCGAGACGUUGGGUAAAGCGCCUAAAGAGGGCAUGAAGUCUGCCAGGACUGCUGAGCAAAGAGAAGGACCCGUCAUGUUUGAACGCGACAAUGGGGAUCCGUUUGGCGUGGAGCAGAUGAUUGCUGAUGCGCAAAACAAAAAGGGAGGGGAAGCAGCCGCGGGUAGUGCGUCGGUGACUGGACAGGGGGUCAAGAGAUAUGGGCUUAAUGAAGGUGGUGGCGAGCAGGAAGAGAGAGGGAGUAAGAGAGCUAGGAUUGAGGAUGAUGAUGAGUAA